GUUUUACAGCUCUGUCAGUGCGGAAAAACCACCGAGAAACAAGCCCGUUGGGCGGAGAUAGAGAGAGAAAGAAAGAUACAUAGAGAGAGAAAGAGGAAGGUCCUUUCAGACUCUUCAAGUCCAAGGAAUUGUUGAAGCUAACUAAGAACAAUUUCUGGGAAAUUUAGCUGGGAACUGUUUUAUCUAUUUGAACAAAAAGACCGAGGGGAAAGAGUUCAUGAGUGUAUCUAGUCAGUUAAUCAUUUGAUGAACAGUGGAUCUAUGACAGGGGUGGCUUUGUUGUUAUAAUAUACACGAAUGAGAUACAAAUUUGAGAUUCAAAAGUAAAAGAAAAAAAUAAAAUCUUUCAUUCAGUUAACUAUGGAGCCUCUGUGGAAGCUGGUGUAUUUGUUGGAACCAGCUCCAAUCACUCUCAUUCUAACAGCCAUAGCUGUGACAUUUGGAUCUGCUUUUCGAGCUCUAAACUAUGGGAAAGAAAUGGAGCGAAACCGUGACUUAUCAGAAGCAUCCAUUACUUUAGACAGGUCCCAGGCACUCAUGAUCCCGAUAAUGAGCUCUUGCAGCCUGCUUUUGAUGUUCUACCUAUUCUCAUCUGUCUCACAACUCCUCACUGCUUUUACUGCAGUUGCUUCUGCUUCAUCCCUCUACUUCUGCCUAUCGCCUUACAUCGCUCAUGUCAAGUCACAAUUUGGUUUGGCUGAUCCGUUUAUGUCUCGGUGUUGUUCAAAGUCAUUGACACGAAUCCAAGGGCUUUUAUUGUUGUUGUGCUGCAGCAUAGUUGCAUCCUGGCUUGUUACCGGGCAUUGGUUAUUGAACAAUUUGUUGGGCAUAUCUCUUUGCAUUGCAUUUGUGAGCCAUGUGCGCCUUCCCAACAUCAAAAUAUGUGCAAUGCUGCUAGCUUGUCUGUUUGUCUAUGAUAUAUUUUGGGUCUUCUAUUCUGAGAGAUUUUUUGGGGCAAAUGUUAUGGUCUCAGUAGCAACACAGCAAGCAUCUAAUCCUGUCCACACUGUGGCUAAUAGUUUGAGUCUUCCUGGAUUGCAAUUGAUUACGAAGAAGCUGGAGUUGCCAGUUAAGAUUGUCUUCCCUAGGAAUUUGUUGGGUGGAGUGGUUCCUGGAAGUAAUGCUGCCAACUUCAUGAUGCUUGGUUUGGGUGACAUGGCUAUUCCUGCUAUGCUUCUGGCAUUAGUUCUAUGUUUCGAUCAUAGGAAGAACAGGGAUUUAGUGAGUCCCUUAGAUUUACCUUCUUCCAAGGGCCACAAGUACAUAUGGUAUGCGCUUUCUGGAUAUGCAAUCGGAUUGGUAACUGCUUUAGCAGCUGGCAUUUUGACUCACUCACCUCAGCCAGCGCUUCUGUAUCUGGUGCCAUCUACUCUGGGACCCAUAAUUUUCAUCUCGUGGAUGAGAAAGGAACUACUAGAGCUGUGGGAAGGAUCGACGCCAAAUCUGAACGAUAAAACCCAUUUGACAGAAGUUUGAGCUGUUGAUCCUCAUCAUCCUGGGCCGCUUCAGUUCUUUCAAUGCCCAUUGAAAAAUGUAAAAUCACUUGGGAUAGUUAUAUCUUCCUUGACAAACUUUUAAUGGGGAAAUAGCAAUUUGUUUAAAGUUGACAUGGUUGCAAUUUUUCUGGUGAAAGAAGUUGCCAAACCACUAAUCACAAUGAGGAAUAACAUUGAACUUUAUCCAUUUAAUGUUUAUUAUAAGCAAUACGUUGCAACAAGAAGUGAUUCAGUUGAAACGCGACUAGAAAUUGCCAACCUA